UUUCACUCUUCUCUUGAGAACAGAGUGAAGUUUGUUUUCAGUGCAUGUCAUGGAUGGACGUAAUUUCAGCAGAAAUCUUUUUUUAUUUCUAUUUAUUUGUAAUGUAUACCUUUAUUGUACUACAACUGAAGUCUGCUCCAAUAGCAUUCUCCCUGGAUCUAAAGGCUAUCCAGGUGAGGUGGGAGCAGAAGGUGAAGAGGGAAGAAUGGGGAAAACCGGCCCACCUGGCCAGCGAGGCCUGACUGGCAGAUAUGCAGAAAAAGGAGAGAUGGGAAGAAUCGGAAAGAUGGGCCCUAAUGGAAUGAGAGGUGACAAGGGGCAAGAUGGAAUUAAUGGUCUCCCAGGAUUAAAAGGAAAACCUGGCACUACCUGUGACUGUGGGAGGUACAGAAAGGUUGUCGGACAGAUGAACAUCAAUAUAAGCAAACUGAAAAAUGCUGUUAAGUUUCUUAAGAAUGGGCUGUAGAGGUCCUCUCUAGGUGCUGAUCCACCAUCUGAUCUGGAUACGUACUGGAUCCGGAUGACUGCAGUGACCUCAGAAUAAGAAAGAAACAGAUUUAUAUUUUGAAGAUCUUAAUAUCUAUACGAUGUUUGAUAGGGAGCCAGUACAGGGUUUACAGAACUGGGCUAAUCCGGUCAUACUUCCUCAUUCUAGUAAGAACUCUAGCUGCUGCAUUUUAUUAUUCAUAAGAAAAUGGUGACUUUAAUACCUAAAUUGCUUUAUUAACAGUAGACAUGCAUGCACAGCUAUAUUAAUGAUUAUUCCCAUUGCAUCUUGUCAUCAUGUACAGAGCAGUGAUUACAUUUUCAUGCAUAAUUUGCACACCUGGUAAGCAGUUGUUGUAAACUUCAUCGCAGUGUCUGCUUGGUGUACAUUUUGCUGAAUUCCUGGAAUGGCUUAGACCUGUUCUCCAUUUUGUUACACCUGUAUAUUGAGAUGGGGAGCAUAAAAACAGCAUUAUUACAAAGAUAAACAUUCAGACAUGGCAACUGAGAGAUUUAAUGUUAAGGCAUCAUUUUAAACCGAAUAUCAAAUAUGUAAAAGAAAAUUCACCGUCAAGCCAGCUGAAUUGUGCCCUCUUUUGAAAGGAGUCUAUACAGUACAACAGACUUCUGAAUUUGGAACAAACCAAAGACAGACUUAAUAAUGUAGCAUCACCCUCCUCCAAGAUCACGUAAAGAAGAAUUACCAACAGGACAGCAUCUGGCAACUAUUGGGUAUUACAAAAAAAAAAAAAAAAGUGUUUUGCAUUCACAUGCUUACAACUUCAACUGGUACACAGAACAGUUGAAACUCUCAAGUUAAUGGAUAUCAGACAAUCUCCUGAAAGACUAAACAAGCAAAUUUAGUGUUGCACAUUUAUCUUCUAUCAUUCCAGUCAAACAGCAUUAAUUUAUAUUAUUCAAUAGACUGUUAACACGCUAACAAACGUUAAUAUUUAAUGGUACGUUUAACGUAAUUUAAAUGGUAUGCCCCUAACAAGGUACACAAUGUAGCAUGGUACACAGACAACGUUGCUACAACUAAUUAGAUUUCAUUGAACAAUUAAACCAAAGUAGGCAAAGUUACACUGUCGUUCACCAAGAUAACAAUUAAAACAAACUUACAACGCAAAAAAUAUUAAUAACUACGAUCACCAAUUUCCGAACUUACCGUUUGAUCAGUCGCAACCAUUACUCAAGCAUUUGGGUGCAGUUAUAUCUGAUUGGUUGCGCCCACUUUGGUCGAUACUGAUUGGCUGCCACCGAUUGGCAGGUCCCGCCUACCUUCCGGCUGUCAAUGGCAGCCACUUCCUGCUGCCAGCUGCCGAUUUUUUUAUCUGAAUCCCUGCUGCAAAUGUUUGCAAUACAUUAAGCAUUAAUAUGUUUUGUCAAUUUUA